ACACGAACCAAGAUGGCUGCCAAUAUGCGAUGGCCUGAGAAAUCGAAGUUGUUUGAUGUGAUAUGUUCAACACCAGAUGUUUCCUCGAGUUGCUAGAAGACAGUGAGCAGUACCAUGUCUACAUCGAGCAGUACCACGUCUCCACUGAGCUGUGUGGACUAUGGCCAGACAGCCGAGGACCACCAAUCCCUGCUUGUCCUUGUACGCCACACAGGAGUCAGGCUCAAACAGCAGGGCUUUGCUCGGGCCUGGGAAAGAAUGAAACGCCUCAACUGCAUUCACAUCCAGAAUCAAAACCGAAAUAUCUAUGUGCGUUACAAAAGGGGCUACCCAAAGGAAAACAAUGAAUGGGGAGAUUUCCAAGCACAUCGAAAAGUCCUUGGUUUAAUAUCUGUUGGAUACUGCUCAAACCAUAAAGAAUUUGAAGACCUAUUUGAUCAUUACAAACGGGUGAAGGAGGAGUAUGCCAACACAAUUUUCAAUUCCCGUUUAGUUGUGUUUGGUAUGAACACUGAUGGGUCGCCGCUUGUUGAAGAGGAGAGUAAGAUUGGUGACAAUGAGGAGAGUAAGGUUGUGGAGGAGAAGACUGUUGUAGAUAAUAAGGAUGAAAACGAGGGCAGAACAUCCCCCAAUAACAACUUGAAAACAGAUCCUUUGUCAACCAAUGGGGAAAAGGACACAUCGGAGAAGGGGCAGAAGGAAAAACCAUUGCCUAAUGUGAAGAGACAACACAGUAACAGUUUGACUAAGGAAAGCACUGGGGCUGAGGUUGUGUUUUAUCCGGAUCUGGAACAUUCAGCUGAUCUUGAGGAGAGACUGAAGGAGUUUAUUACAUCAUUGUUUUAUGUCCUGGAGGGCAAAAGACUGGACAGGUCAUUUGAGCGAGCUGACCGUCUUCACCUACUGUGUGCUCCAUUUGAGAAGAAGGAUUAUGUUGGGGUUGACCAGGAAACCAAGUCUUUCAAGAAGAAGUGUAUGGGUCGUCUACGGAAACAUCUGGCCGAUCUGUGUCUCCAGGCAGCCAUGCCAGGGGAGGCAAUCCUGCACUACCAGACGGCCAUGGACAUGCUGCGUAGUGUGAAUGACUUUCUCUGGAUUGGAGGCUGCUAUGAGGGACUUAGUUCUGCAUCAACCAUCCUAACAUACCCACGUAAUGGCAGCAACACUGUCCCAUUGCGGAGGAACCAGUCAUUCUCUGUCAAGAGGGGAGCUGCUCUCAUUAAUGAUAGCAUCCCUUCAAAGUCAUCGACCUAUGCGAAUGGCCUUGACCUCGCUGAUGCCUCUGCUCAAGGUGGCCUUCACCCUGAUGACAUCAUUGAGAAAUACAAAGACGCCAUUAUGAACUACAGUAAAUACAAGAAUGCAUCAAUGAUCGAGAUGGAGGCAAGUUUCAAAGCAUGCAGAGUGCUCAUCAUGCAGAGGAAAUACCUCCAGGCAUCCGAUUUCCUGCAGAAUGUGGUCUACAUCAACCUACAGUCCUCUGAAGAAGAUAAGAUUCACCGGUAUGGCACCCUGGCUUCCCUGUACACCCAGGUGGGCUUCCACCGCAAGGCUGCGUUCUUCAAGCGGGUGGCGGGCAUGCAGUGUGUGGCGCCAGGGACGUCGGUGGGCUGGCACCAGUGCUACUACCUGCUGGUGCAAGCUCUGGCAGGAUACAGUAUUUCACUUGAUCCAAAGGAAUUUCUUACAGAUCAUCCCAAUGGGUGGCCAGUGAUCCAGUACCGGAUCCUUCAUGAGCUGGUGUACUCUGCCCGUAGGAUGGGCAACCCACAGCUGGCUGUCAGGCACAUGACGUUCCUGUUGCACACCAUGCAUGACAAACUGAGUGUAUCUGAACGCCGAGAUGCGAUCAGUGGACUGGAGACACUGACAGCCAAAUGUGAAGGAACACCUCACCCAAUUCCCCUGGAGAACUGUCAGAUCCUGCCCCCUGUCCCUCUCCUCACGUUUCCUAUUGUCAGGUUUUUCAAGGUUGUGCCCCCUGUGCCUCACCUGCACCCCCAGAAACUCUCCACAGACUGUGAUAAAUCCUCCAAGUCGGGGGUCUUCAUCUACACACCUCUCUCCCUCGACUCCGACAAAGAUGCCAAGACUAACAAGUGUGAUUUCCUGUGGGUUGAGGGGGACAUGUGUGAAGUACACCUACAGGUGUUUAAUCCUCUCCCCGAAGAGCUCAAGAUUAACUACAUGGGUUUGCUGACGGAAGGUGUUGAGAUGGAGAUAUUCCCGGCCAAUCCAUCAGUGCCAGCUGAGUCUGGACCAGCCUUCAUCAAACUGUAUGGCAAACCAAAGUCUGUAGGCCAACUCUCUAUUCUGGGCUACAGCACUCUAGUCCUCGGGGUCCGCAGCAACUGUCGCUUGAAGGACCUCGCCCAAAUACCUCAGCCCCACUUUGACGUUGAUAUUGUCCCCGGCCUGCCCCAGGUGUCGCUGUCAUCGUCGCUGCCGAAAGCUGCCAGCUUCACAUCUGUAGGAGAUGGAGCCAACGUGGUGGCAAGUGCCACGGCCUUGCUGUAUGCAGGACAGAGCUUGGAGUGCCUGGUGACUCUCCAGAACGGCUCCUGUCUGCCUGUGGAGAGACUGGAUGUGUCCCUGGAUACAAAACUAGAGCAUGACUUAGAAGAACGGAUAUUUUCGUGGAGUGAUGACAAUAUUAAUUCCCAGCUUCCCCUUCAACCAGCCAAUCAACUGUGCUUCUCUGUCUGUAUCUAUGGUUACAGCGACUUCCUGUCAUCAGACCUUCAAACUCAAGAUAUGCCUUCCCCUGUGUAUUCCAAUCGGUCUCGCUCAGACAGCUCAGAAGGAAAGGCUGUGGAGGCGGUCCUGUCAGUGCAGUACAGUGGUAACCCUGGGCUGGAGGCAGGGUACUGCCGGCAGUGUUCUCUGGCGCUCACUAUUGACAUAGUGCCAUCUCUACAGAUAGCCAAUUGGGAUGUCCAGCCAGCCCUCAGCCGAGAGCAUUGUGUGAUACUGUUUGACAUACAGAACGUGACAAGCCACCAGCUAGAUCUAGAGUACCAAGACGGCAAGACAAUCAUCACAGAACCACAGCAGUGUCGCAGGAUUGCUGUAGAAAUCCCACGUGUUGACUUCCCACCUGAGGAGACGAGACAUGAUGCUUCACCGUGCAUGCCAAGUGUGUAUCGGCAGUGCCGACCUGUCAAUCACCACAGUCAGUACCUGGCAGACUAUGUGGACAUCAGGUGGACAAUUCCUGCCACCAAAGUGAGUGGUAAACUUGGCAUUGAGCACCUGAUAUGGAGCAAGAACCAGCUAGAGUUAAUCCAGAAAUCUCCUGUAAUGUGGGAGGUUCGCCUCAAUGACCAGCUGUACCUGUCCCCUGAUGUGCCAAAGUUCUCCCUCAGUGAUGUACUGGACGUGCAGGUGGCGCUCACCAACAGGAGAGGAGGCGAGCAGUCCCAGGUGAUGCUCGAGAUGGAGCCAGUGCAGGUGUGUGGUGACGAGGUGACAGCAUGCCACGAGGUGUCCGUCCUUGGAGUCAAUACUCUAUGUGUCUCACAGCUUCCCCAUUCAGCCAGCCUCCAACAUUCAUGUGCCUUCGUCUUCCACUCCCCCGGCUUCUACAGACUCAACGUACUGUGCUACACCUUCAUCCAGACUUCAGCAGAAGCCCCGAGACAGAUGUCUGAUGUCUCCAGUGUGUCUGUCAGUGACAGGCAGAUGUCCAGUGAUAGUGCCGACAUUCCUUCAGAAGAGAGUCAGGCCUCUGUGAACAAUAGUGAAACAGAUGACAAGCAGACAUCUGAAGUAGACAGUGCAGCUGAUAGACUGUUGUCUGCCAACACGAACCAGACCCAGGUUAUCUGGAAGUGUGAACCAGUCCCACAGUUUCAGAUCAUCGACUGAUAUUUGGACAUUUCAUCAUCAACAAUCUUCACAAGGAUCACAUAACAGUCAUCUGCCAAGGAAGCAUCAGCCCAAGAACCACCCAGCACAGUACACGUGACAGUACCAACACAGGCAACUUACACAGGCAACCAGCACAGACAACCACAGCACAGGCAACCAGCACAGGCAACCGACACAGGCAACCAGCACAGGCAACCAACAGAGGAAACCAGCACAGGCAACCGACACAGGCAACCAGCACAGGCAACCAACACAGGCAACCACAGCACAGGCAACCAACACAGGCAACCACAGCACAGGCAACUGACACAGGCAACCAGCACAGGCAACCGACACAGGAAACAAGCACAGACAACCAACAAAGGAAACCAGCACAGGCAACCGACACAGGAAACCAGCACAGGCAACCAACACAGGCAACCAGCACAGGCAACCAACACAGGCAACCACAGCACAAGCAAUCAACACAUUCAACACUUGACAUCUAGUCAGGCUAGUGGCAUCUCCUCUGUUCAUCCAGUGUUUUUUGAAGGACCUGUUUCUUCAAUGAGUCUAGCUAUAGGACCUGAUACUAUUUCUGGAGGCCUAAUGAAUAGGAUUUGACCCCUGUAACAAUUACCUGCUUUGAAUAGCUGCCAAUGUGGUGCUGGUGCUGUGUUAAGCAAAAGUCACUCACUCACUUGCCUUACUGAUGAUGUACUUUACUCACUAGCUUGCUGAUCACCAAUCUUAGCUUUGGGAAAGUAAGAUAAAUUAAAAUUAGAAUAAUUUGUUUUUGUUUGCUGAAGGCCGCAAAAUAUCUGAAUGACACUGGCAGAUUUUUAUCUUGUGAACAAAGGUAUUGAAUUAGUGCAUAAGAGAAAGAAAAGAGGGAUACUACUGUCCUGUUUAGAAAUAUCUUUUUAACAUGAUCAGUAACUGAGAUAAAUGAAAACAUAGCCUCUGUUUUGAGCAUUUGUCAGUUACUGAAAGCAGACUGCUGAAAGGUUGCAAAUGGUCAGUGUUGAAAUAAUUAUACUGCUUUUGUCUCUGAAGGUAAUCAUUGGCUGACAUUUCCUGACCACCAGAUGUCAAGUACCGAUAUCAAUAGUAAACCUUUACAUAGCGCCAAGCACAUCUGACAGGAACCAUUGACAGUGGUGUGAAUGAGAUCCUAGAAAGGCGCCUUUGUCUGACGCAAUGUAGAGAACGAACAAUGGUAACGACUAACCAUAUGUGCUCUUGAAGUUGUAUUUCCCUCAAUUUAUUGAUGGAGUAGAUGAUAGAAAUGUUCCCCGUUACAAGGACAGCAAUAAGAUUGUGUGAAUGGAUCAAAGACUUAUGUAUUUUCUACAACUGUACACAUUUGAAUUAGUCUCCAAAGUAUUUGUGAACUCUCUACACAUGCUGUAUUGGCGUCUAAGGUCUUGGUAAACCCUGUUGACAUUUUAAAUCAGUUUCUAAGAUCUUAGUGAACCCUGAACUCUUUUUGAACCAGGUACGAAGAUCUUUGUAUAUCCUGUACACAGUUUGAAUCAGGAACUGGGAUCUUAGCAAUUGAGAUCAGUUGCUAAGAUCUUAGUAGUGAACUUUGUCCCUACUGAAUCAGGUACUCGGAUCUAAUAAACUGUGUAAACAUUUGGAAUCAGUUGCUGUGAAGUUAACAGCACACCUCUGAUAUCCAGCUUUCUUGCUUUUAUUGAUCAGGUUUGUCAUCAAAGACAUGUAAUCCAAAACUUAAGUAUGUGACUGACUCGUGGUUCAGUAUUCAUUGUACAAAGUGCUCAUUAUGCUCCGUCAUCUUGAAUUGGUUGAGCGACUAUGCGUCCCCUGUGUUUUAUGAUCAUGACGAUCCGCUUCAAGUAUUCCCAUGUUGUGAACAAAACAUCUUCAUUGUUCAUUCCUUAACCAUUUCAGUACCACUGAGGUACAAGUGCUGUAUUCAUGUGUGUAUAUACUGUAUAUUAUCAUCACAGACAUGGCGUGGAGAGAGACUUACUGGGACAUCCAGGGACGGCAUUCUGUUGGAUGCUUGGUCCCAGGCUGCCUGUUUUGAAAUCGGGGACUGAUGAAUCUAUCAUGUGGACAUGUUAAGGAACAGUGAUGAAGGACAACUAAGAACAUUUUAUCCCUGUAUUUGGACAAAACAUACGACUACAGACACUAUAAUACCACUUUUCUCACUGAAAUAUUGACUGCUUGAAAGCCAUAAAAAGAUAUUUGCCUGAGAACAUAUUUAUUAAAUUGAAUUUCUGUCUUUAAUUAAAGUAGAUCCCACUUUUCUCACUGAAAUAUUGACUGCUUGAAAGCCAUAAAAAGGUAUUUGCCUGAGAACAUAUUUAUUAAAUUGAAUUUCUGUCUUUAAUUAAAGUAGAUCCCACUUUUCUCACUGAAAUAUUGACUGCUUGAAAGCCAUAAAAAGGUAUUUGCCUGAGAACAUAUUUAUUAAAUUGAAUUUCUGUCUUUAAUUAAAGUAGAUUUUAUUUUAAUUAUAUGAUUCAGACCAAAGCAGAUAUAAAAGACAUUUGUAGUACUCAAUACUAUUUGUGUUUUAGGUACAAGUUUUAGGUUUCUGGAAGAGAUGCUGAUGUAGUUGAUGCUUUGUGGAUUUCAAGCCACUGCAUGGUAGCAGUUUAGCUGUGGUUGCACAUUGGCCACUGCAGAGGCAAAGCUAAUAGCCAUUUAGGAGUGUAUCGCUUCACAGUGCAAAAUCAGACAAUCAAAAUUAAUGUUAUAUUUCUGGGCAAUUUAUCUUUGUCUAGGACUUGCAUUUUCUUCCACAUGAAGCUGGUACUCAAUAGCUUAGUCAGCGUCCUAUAUGAAUGUGCAUCAUGCAUACAAGUAAAAUACAUUGAUGAAUAAAUAAUGUUUAAGAACACAGUAACAUGCAUUGUUUGAAGUCUAUUGUCAGUGGUUCCUAAAUCAAAUCGGAAACCUACCCAACUCUGACUCAACCAGUGCCCCUUCUCUCUUCUACACUAACAAUAGUGUCUCCAAUUUAUUUUGUCAUGGUAGAACUUUGACAUUUUAUUAAAGAAUUGAUGACUCGGUGUUGAAGAGUUUUCUUCUGCCUUCUCUGUUUUUUUGUCCCCAACCAGCAGAAUGCCAUGAAUAUGGAUCUUGUUUUUGUAAUAUGUAAUGAUUAGAGAAUGGUAAGAACUGAAUGUUCAACAUCCUCCCGAGGCAAGGGAGUUAACUGACUAUGAAAGUCCAGUUUCCACCCUUGCCGAAUUAGGCAGGAAUUAUGGAGCUACAGUUUGGCUGGACUAACAAGUCUAUGCAUAGCCCAAUCAAAAUCGCAUAACGAAAUUGACAUCCGGUUCGUAGACUGCCAUGCAGAUUUCGGUCGAUAGCAGGAUUUGCUAAGCAUGUGUACUCCAACUCAGCAUCAACAGAUAUUUUCCGAAUCCUUUUAUAAAUAUUUUUUGUCAAGGUGCUUUGCAAAGUAAGACCUGUUUUAUCACAAUAUAAAUUUGGAUAAUUGUUGACAAGAUUGCUUUCGUCAUUUUCUUUGAAGCAAAUGCAAGUGAUAUGAGAGGUGGAAUCUGAUUGGUCUUUGGAAGGACAUAGAAGGGACAUAACUCGUAAUAGCUACUGGUGGUCCUACGAUCGAGCCCAGAAAUUACAGCCUAGUUGAGCAAGGGUGGAAACUGGUCUUUUACAGUCAGUUAAAUCUUUUGCCUCAGGAAGAUGAAGUUCAACAGAAACAGGUUAAUUGGAGGGAAUUGGCUCUUAGCCUAGUUUCUACAGGGUCUAUGUUUUAUAUUAUGUUUGAUGAUGUCCUUGAGUCAGUGACCUUCCUGUGAUUCACUAGUCACAUUUGUAUUAAGUAUAUGUUAAUAUCAUAGAACUCGAUACAUGUACUUUUGUGUUUUCUUGAGAGAAACUCACAUACUCCUUUGUAUUAUUUAGUUUUUAACUAUGAAUGAAAAUGUCAGCUUCACUUUGUAAAUGAAUUAAUGACACUUUAUUUAUGAAAGUACUGUAUUCGACGUAAUAAGCGCCCCGCUCUAAUAAGCGCCCACAGUGAUAUUUGCUAAUAUGUUGGCUAGUGAACAAUCCCAAUUAGCACCCCUUCUGAUUGAUCAAUGUACACAAGACUU